UGGUUAUGACACAUGUCGUUUGAUUUCUAAUCCUCGGAACACACACUACAUACGAAUCUAUCAGUGGCGACGAGGCAAUACCUACCCGCGCGCGAAAUACGUACGUUAAUGGUAAAAUGAGUGCUAUAAUCGGAUCGCUGGGAUUAUUCGACUAUAAAAACCAAGAAUGGUCUGUUUUCUACGGGAGAUUAAAGCUAUUUAUCAAGCUAAAUGACAUCAAGGCCGACAAACAAAGUGCAGUAUUGUUGACGAGUUUUUCUGACGACUCUUACCGAUUAGUCAGUAAUCUACUGCACCCAAAAAGAGUCGACGAGGCGACAUUCGACGAGCUGGUGACAAAACUCAACAGUCAUUUUACACCGAAGAGGUCUACGUUUGCAGAUCGAAGCAGGUUUUACGAGGCGGUAAAAUUUGAUAACGAAAACGCAGAAGAAUGGGCGGCAAGGUUACGUGGUUUGGCGGUGCACUGCGAGUUUGGGACGGAGCUGGAGGUGGUAUUACGCGAUCGGUUCGUUUUGGGUUUCAGAUCAGGGCCUGAACGUGACCGACUUUGUGAACAGGAUAUUUCUUCAUUAACCUUGGCAAAGGCGUUACAAAUAGCUCAGCAGGCAGCCUGUGCGAGGCAAGCACGGGCUAGCGAUUCCGUUCCGGCAGUCAUCGUAAAGGAAGAGCCGUUAUACAAGACGAAUGCCAACCGCGCUGGACGCAGCGGGGGCGGCGGCGGUGCCGAGAGGCGCCGUGGCGAUCAGAAAUGUUGCACGGUAUGCGGUCUUAAAAAUCACGUGGCAGAAAAGUGUCGAUUUAAGAACUAUCGGUGUAACAAGUGCAAUAAUAAAGGCCAUCUUAAAAAAGUGUGCGAAUUAAAGGUGAAUAAUAUUGAAUCACAAUCGGUACGCGACUCGCCUAGCCUGAAUGAACCAGAAGACAAUGAAGAUUGCGAGGAAUGCCAGCUGUUAAGCUCAAGGUGUGUGAACGGAGAUCCUAAUUUAUUAUCAGUAUAUAUUUUUGACUGUAAAUUUGAUAUGGAAUUAGAUUCUGGUUCGAGUACUAGCGUAGUUUCAGAUAAGUUUCAUGCUGAACAUUUUUCUCGGUACCCUCUCGUUACAAAUUGUAACGUGAAAAUGUGCUUUUAUAACGGUCAUAAAAUAUCGCCUGUCGGUUACUUCACAGUGCCUGUUAAUUAUGGGAACUUGAAAAGAGAUGUAUCUUUUUAUGUAAUUAAAGACGGCGGAGCACCGCUUCUCGGGCGAGAUUUUAUGACUAAAUUUGGCAUCUCUUUUGUGAUGAAUAAUAAUAAAAUAGGUACAUCUAAAAAUUCCGGGGAAAUUGAACGCUUAUUGUACAAAUAUCAGGACCUGUUUAGUGACGGAUUAGGCUGUUAUAAAGGGUUGGAGGUAAAACUGCAGUUAAAAGAAAAUGUAACCCCUAAGUUUUGUAAAGCAAGGCCAAUUCCUUUUGCAAUUAAAAGUAAGGUAGAAUCCGAAUUAGACCGACUCGUGUCGAAAGGAAUUUUAAUACCAGUGAGUCACUCUGAUUACGCUGCACCCAUUGUACCCGUAUUAAAACCGAACGGCAGUGUCCGAGUGUGCGCGGACUAUUCAGUAGCGCUUAAUAACGAUAUUAUUGUUGAUAAAUAUCCUUUACCGCGGAUUGAGGAGGUAUUUGUCAAACUCAGUGGAGGGCAACAAUUUUCGAAGCUAGACUGCAGUCAGGCAUACAAUCAGUUGUUACUUUCGAAAGAUUCACAGAAACUAACCACCAUUAAUACUACCAAGGGUUUGUUCAUGUAUACAAGGCUGGUGUUUGGCCUGGCGAGCGCCCCAGCCAUAUUUCAACGGGCGAUUGAAAAUCUUUUAGUGGGCAUAGAGGGGGUGACAGUUUUUCUCGACGAUGUAUGCGUAACCGGCCCAAAUAAAGAAGUACAUCUUGAACGGCUCGAAAAAGUUUUUCAGCGAUUUAAAAAUGCAGGGUUAAAAUUGGAAAAAAAUAAGUGUGCUUUAUUUCAAGAUAGAAUCACGUAUUUAGGGCAUGUUAUAGACAAAAAUGGUCUGCACAAGUGUUCGAGCAAAAUAGAAUCAAUACAAAAAGCGCCGAAACCUACCAAUGUGACGGAAUUAAAACGGUUUUUAGGUAUGGUCAAUUACUACCGUAACUUUGUACCCAAUGCGUCGUCCAUAAUGAAUCCACUUCACGAGUUGCUUCGCGCCGGCGCCCGAUGGGAGUGGACAGAGCGACAGCAGGCGGCGUUCGAACGAGCGAAGGACGAGCUGACUUCAGAGCGCGUGCUGGCACACUUUGACCCGAGCGCACAGCUGGUGCUCGCAGUGGACGCCAGCCCCGACGGGCUCGGCGCGGUCUUAAGUCAGGUGACGUCACUGCCAAUUACGUACGAACUUAUUCGAGACGCAACGUCGUCAGAUAACGAGUUAACUACCGUAUGUAGGUAUGUAAGAAACGGAUGGCCAAGAAAAAAUAAAUGCCUAGAUAUUUUACCUUACUACUUAUGUAGAAAUGAAAUCGAACUGGAUAACGGAUGUUUGCUACGAGGUCAUCGUGUUAUCAUUCCACAGGUGUACAGAGGGAGGUUAAUAACGGAACUACACAAGUCGCAUCAAGGCAUUGUGAGGACAAAAAGCGCAGCGCGCGCUCGCAUGUGGUGGCCCGGAAUAGAUAAACAAAUUGAACAAAUGAUAGCCGCGUGCAGUGUGUGCAGCGCGCUACGGAGCGCCCCGCCCCGCGCCCCGCCCGCCCCCUGGCCGCGUACUGCCGGCCCGUGGGAGCGAAUUCACAUUGACUACAUGUCAAUAAACCAGAGGUCGUACUUGGUGGUGGUAGAUUCUUUUAGUAAAUGGGUCGAAUGCUUAGAUAUGGACGGUAAUGUUACAACUAAACAUUUAAUAAAAAAAUUAAAGGCUUUAUUUUCUAGGUUCGGGUUACCAAGACUGAUUGUAUCUGACAAUGAUCGAAAAAUUGCAUCCCAAGAGUUUUUAGAGUAUUGUAAAAUCAAUGGUAUUAACUAUUUGACUUCACCUAUAUAUCAUCCGAAUAGUAAUGGCCAAGCCGAAAAUUCUGUUCGUAAUUGCAAAAAAAUGAUAAAAUCAAUAAUGACAAAUAACUCAUGUAUCAGUAAAAUUAACGAAAAAUUACAAGAUUAUCUGUUUGAAUAUCGUAAUACGCCUCAUUGUUCAACCGGCGAAUCACCAGCGAAGCUGAUGCUAGGUCGUCAGUUGCGAAGUAUUUUAGAUAUGAUUAAACCACCUACUCGGGUCGAUAAUAAAAAUAAUUUAGAACAUAGUGAAAUGAAACAAAAAAGACAGUUUUUUGAGGGGCAGAAUGUGUGGGUUAAAUGCUUUGACAAUAAAAAGGCAAGUUGGUAUAAAGGAAAAAUUGUUAAUAAGCUCGGAAAUAGAUUAUAUGAUGUACUAUUACAAGAUCAGACUGUAAAACUAAAACGACAUGUAGACCAAUUGUUAAGCCGUAGUACAGACAAUGAUCAUUAUGCUUGUUCAGAGCAGUAUUUAGGGGGAGAUAUUUCUUCCGGCAACACAUCGUCACCAACCACACAUCAUGAUCGUAGCUUAGAAACAGAUGUUAGAAAUAAUGAGCAAGUUGAUGAGAUGUGGCAUGAGGCGGUGGGAGACGAAGUGUUGGAGGAGGAAGUGGAACCGAGCAGCACUGAGCAACCCCGCUCGGUCCCAUUGGAUGAGGUUGUAGAAGUCGGUCAACCCGAUGACCUGCAUCUAAAUCCGGAAUCAUCUCUUCUUCCUCCACAUCCUUACAAUCUGAGACCUAGGACUAAAAAUAUUAAUUAUAAGUUUUAACAUGGUUGUUUUAGUUAUGUUUAAGCUAGAUAAUUCUUUAAUAAUAAGUUACUUAAUUAAUUAGUAAUUAUUUAUUGUUAACAGGUUUUGUAACUAAGGAAGGAGGAAUGAUGUGUAUAUCUGCGCGCGCGCCGACCGGCGCCCGCCAGUAAUAAACUAGCUCGUGGUUAUGA